AUGGCGAGAAGACUACAAGGCAAAGUAGCCCUCAUUACCGGCGGAGCCAGAGGGAUCGGUGCCGCGGCGGCGCGGCUCUUCUCUAUGCACGGCGCCAAAGUCGUGAUAGCAGACAUCCGGUCCGACCUGGGCCGCUCCGUAUCCGAGCAGAUCCAACUCGAGUCGGGCCACCCGGUCUCGUACGUCCAAUGCGACGUCGUGAGCGACUCGGACAUGCAAAACGCAGUGGACACCGCCGUUUCGAUGCACGGGAAGCUCGACAUCAUGUACAACAACGCCGGGAUAGCAGGGGAGAAGGUCAACCCGCUCGAGAAGAAGAAAGUAGGCAUACUUUCCGUGGAGCGGGAAGUGUUCAGGAAGGUGUUCGAUGUCAACGUGUAUGGAUCGUUCCUGGCAGCGAAGCACGCUGCCAGGGUGAUGGUCCCGCGGAAGAGCGGGACCAUCCUCUUGACUGGUAGCGUUGCAACCGAGAGCUACGGCUUCGCGACGCACACGUACACGGCGUCGAAGCACGCGGUGGUGGGGCUGGCGAAGAGCCUGUGCGUGGAGCUGGGGGAGUUCGGGAUUCGUGUGAACUGCAUCUCGCCGUUCGGGGUCGCGACUCCGAUGUGUGAGGAGUCGAUGGGGCUGGACGAGAAGGCUCUGGAGGAGAUGUUCACGGCGAUGGGGAAUCUGAAAGGAGUUGUUCUGAAACCAAAGAAUGUCGCGGAGGUCGCGCUGAACUUGGUCAGUGAUGAGUCUAGGUACCUUAGUGGGUUGAACCUUUUGGUUGAUGGUGGUUUCUGUCUCAAGAGUAGUGCUUGA